GUCUCUUUUGAAGUUAAUAAGACAAAAAAAUUCAGCUUGUUAUGUUACCCCUGAAACUACUCUGUCCUGAAGACUUUCUCAUGUCGGAAAACUUAAAGGAACAGCUUUACGUCUGACAGUUACAAAGUGCUGACACUGGAAACUCCUUCCAAAAAUGCUAAACAAACAUCUCACAAAAAACGUCACCAUAUCAACAAAUAAACACACACCUGUUUAUGUAAAGCAGCCGCCAAACAAGUCAAUGUGUACGUUGAUUAUAAUUGCUGUAGAAACUAUAAUGUAUUAGAAUGAGCACAUUAAUAUAAUCCAGUGAUUUGUCUUGCAGCCCGAGCUACUGUACGAGCCAUGCUGUUACAGAAAAUUAAUCAACACCUUUUGAAAAACUUUGGGAAUUUAACAGCGCUGUGAUAUGUGUGUAUAAAAGUUGAUCUAUAUAUAUACUUAUGAGAUCACUUGAACUUGAUUGAAAUGGAGUGAAAUGGACUUUACAGUCAUUUAUAAAAUGGAAAGACUGGUCUCAUGUGAAAGAGGAAAUGGAUGAAAAAUAACCUUUAAAAUGUAGUUAUGGACAUAACAGUCAAGUUCAUCAUUGUGGACUGUGUCACACCACACAGAAAUGAUUGUGAGAAAGUGAUUCUGUCCAGAUCAUCAAGUUCAACAGGAACUUGUGGUAAACUUGUGUGCAGGUCUGAAAAUUUCCACCCUGACUUUUAUUGUAUCGUGAGAAGCAUACACUGAGUAUGGUAAAGAUUUUUCACGCUAGUCAGUGUUAUGAACUUGCUGUAGGAUUCAUUCAGUAUCUCUAGAUGUGCAAUCUCUUCUGGUUGAGGACGCUUCAAACUCUGAUGUAUUUUCUGUUACCCAUGCACGGUAAAUUGCUAACUGGAUACUGAAUGCUUUGAUGGAGAUUCCAUGAGUGUCUAGAGAAGGAGGCUGACAGCGAGAACUUAAACUGGAAUUGCAUUCUUCUUGGCCCUUGCUUCAUUCUAAUGCUCUUUUACAACCUGGGUUGAUUCUAUGUUAAGAAGGGAUGAGCAUGAGACAGAAGCCUCCUGUUCAAGAUUGUUGAAGAAUGAUGAAAGUGAGCUCUCUUGUUCUGACAUGCCCAAAAUGACUUCCUGAGUCUGCUUAGUAGUGAGACACUACUGUGAGACACUGUGCUCUGAAUGAAGAAGCUGAUCAGGACUGGGCAGAUAUUAUGACUUCUCCUUCGCAGCUUGUGUGUUUACAUCAAACAUUUAGAUUCUCUGAAGCUACUCAUCAGUCAUCCCAGACCAAGAGAGGAGGAUAGUGAGGAGAGAAGAUUUAAAGGACAAGUGAGAGACCAAGGGAUAGAGCAGACAAGUGCAUCAUGCAGUCAGACGAUCUCUUCAUCCGCAAGUUCCGCCGACAGAGCCCACGUCCGACACCGGUCUUUGAGCCCAAGCGGGCAGCGGUGGCUGAAUGGCCGCCCAGGAGGGAGGGUGAAGGAGCAGAGGGUGAGAGCGUGACAACACCUAGCAGAGCAGGGCUUAAUCAGCGUGCAGCUGCUCGUGGCCACAUCAUGCAGCGCAGCAACAGUGAUGUCACUCUGGGAGACCUGGACUCGGCGUCAAAGGCAGGAGCAAAGACGGCCAGAUCAGCAAGCGAAAAGGCUGGGCAGGUGGGACAGGGCGAGUCUAGUAUUGUCCUCCACCGGGAAUAUGGGAGUCUGUCCUCAUUAGAAAAGCAGAGCCAACCUCCAGAGCCUUGCAUUGAGGAACAGAUCAUUCUAAGUCCCAAUGCUCUUCGCUUUAAAGAUCCGUUCUUGUUGCUUGGGCUCCAGGAGACACCUUCCGAGCCAGAUGGCUUUUACCGCGCCCUGGAAUGCCCGAAACCAGUCAAGCCCACCAAACCUGAUGCUCUAAACAAGAAAUCAAAGCCAUCACCUCUUCAGGUCACUUCUACACCAUGCGAUCAGACAUUAGGAGGUGCAUGGGUGCGCAACUUUGCCCAUUAUGACGUGCAGAGCAUCCUGUUCGACUUGUGUGAGGCGGCCACUAGCCGAGACAGCGUUGGCCGCAAAAAGAACAUCACCUCAGGGGCAUCGGCUGCCUCGCAGCUCCGGCCUCUUGCUCAGGCCCCUCCUGCCUCACCAUCUCAGAGUUUGGGCAGUGGGAUGGUAGGUACAAGUAGCACAGAGGAACCAGAACCGUGCCUGCUGGACGAAGGAGACGGCAAUGACAAUGAUUUGCUGCUCAGCUGCCCGCACUUUAGAAACGAGAUGGGAGGGGAGGAAAGGGCUGGACUGGGGAGAACCCAAUGUUGUAGUGGGCGAUGGAGGAGUCUACAGAGCCCCAACGAUGCUGUGUCUGUAUUAGAGGAGCCCAGAGAAAGCCAUGUGCAGCAGCAGGGAAAGAGCAACUACUUCAUCGAGCAUGCAGACCUGGGGGCACGGUACUACCACAAGUACUUCUACAUGAAAGACCAUCAGAAUUUCUUUGGCAUGGACGAGAGACUAGGGCCGGUGGCCAUCAGUUUCCGGCGUGAGGAGAAAGAAGGCUCCAGUGGUGCUCAGUAUACGUACAGGAUCAUAUUCAGGACCACAGAGCUCAAGACCCUUCGUGGCUCUAUCCUGGAAGAGUCUGUACCAUCUGCAGCGCGACACACGACCCCGAGAGGACUUUCUCCCAAGAGACUUCUGGAGUUCAUCCUCCCUGAUCUCAACCUGCACUGUCUGAGGCUUGCCUCUACAUCUCCCAAAGUCCGCGACACACUGCUCAAGCUGGAUGAGCAAGGGCUAAAUUUCCAGCGUAAGGUAGGGGUGAUGUACUGCCGGGCGGGACAGAGUACAGAGGAAGACAUGUAUAAUAACGAGAGUGCUGGUCCAGCGUUUGACGAGUUCCUGGACCUGUUGGGAGAGAGAGUGAGACUGAAGGGCUGGGAGAAAUACAGAGCACAGCUCGACACCAAGACGGAUUCCACUGGGACACACUCUCUAUACACACGUUAUCAAGAUUAUGAGAUCAUGUUCCAUGUUUCCACCAUGCUCCCAUACACAGCCAACAACACACAACAGCUAUUGAGGAAGAGACAUAUAGGAAACGAUAUUGUGACGAUAGUCUUCCAGGAGCCAGGGGCGAUGCCGUUCACCCCCAAAGCCAUCCGCUCUCACUUCCAGCACGUGUUUAUAAUCGUCCAAGUGCACGAGCCCUGCACGGAAAACACCUACUAUCGAGUUGCUGUUACUCGCUCCAAGGACAUCCCUCUUUUUGGCCCACUUUUCCCCAAAGGUGCUCGCUUUCCACGCUCCCAGGCUUUCCGCGACUUCCUGCUUGCCAAGGCCAUAAACGCUGAAAAUGCGGCUGAGAAAUCAGAGAAGUUCCGCUCAAUGGCCACACGUACACGUCAGGAAUACCUAAAGGACCUAGCAGAGAACUACGUCACCACCACACCUAUAGAUUCAUCCACCAAGUUUCCCCUGCUUUCUCUGGGAGGCAAACGCAAAGAUAAGCUCAAGGGUGCUAAAGGAGCAGAGCUUCACAGUGCUGGCGCUCUGGUAUGGGCUGUCUGCGCCAGCCAGGAUGACGACGGGCACAAACUGGCCUGUCUGCUGGGCAUCUCAGCCGAAUCUGUGGUGCUGAUUGAGCGCUGCAGCAAGCGGGUCGUCUUUAACUGCUCGUGCCGUGACGUGAUUGGGUGGAAGGCAGUGACCGAGACUGGCAUCAAGGGUGGGCCUUGUCUGGAUAUUUUCUACGAGAGGGGCGAGGCCGUCUCGAUUACUGUGUCAGAGAGCCAGAUGGAGGAUAUUAAAGAGGUGGUGCAGAGGCUUGAGCUGGUGACACGAGGUUGUGAGGCACGUGAAGUCACCCCUCUGAGGGACAACACGGGUCAGCCGGGCUUCCUGAUGAGUGCAGAGGGCUUUGUGACAGAGCUGCAGCGCUUCGGUUAUGCUGAGAGUGGAGGCCUACAGCUGGGUGCACGUGUGGUGAGACUCUGCGGCCACACACUCGUCCACCUCAGCCAGGACGAGAGAACGAACCUGCUACGUACGGCACCCAAAAUUCACAUCACCGUCAUCCCACCUGACGAGAACGGCAAACCUCGCAGGAGCUUUUCUGAGCUCUAUCAGAAGUCCAUUCAAGAUGCAGAAAGCAAGUCUGGCGAGGGCCACUCGGGUGAGGCCUGGGUCCUGGACGAGCGAGACAAAGAGGAGGAUGGGGUUGAAGAGGAGGGGAGAGAGGGGGAGCGGGAGCAGGGUGAAGGAGAGGAGUCAGACAGUGUGACACAAUCAGAUAGGAGGGAUGAAGAGGAGGGUAGAACUCCAGGCAUGAGUGGCUUGCUCUCUCCACCCAGCUUGCCUCUUCUCAGAGUUACAUCGCUGCAGGACAAUCCUCCAUCCCAGGCGCCUGAAAUCACUCCCUCCUCCCUCACACGCAGCUACUCACUUGAGAGAACCCUGCCCUGUCAGGACAUCUGUGAUGGUCAUGUGUAUGAUAACGUUGGGGUGAAGUUGAACAGGCAUAUCUACGAGAAUCCUGGAGAGCUGAGCGACGCGACCCCUGAUCUCAUACUGGCUGUCAAACCAAAAGUUCCUCUCCAGGAAGAGGGACAGGUUGGAAUAGAUGUGCUGGGUGAGGAGAGACCAUCAGGGAGCGAGGCACCCCUUCACUCUAUGGAGAGGAUCUCCAGAGCGGAGAGGAACUCCAGAGCAUUGAGCAUCCAUAACUCCAUCACCAAGAUUCUUUCAGAAACAACAGAUUCAUCAGAGGAGGAAUGGCAGUCUAUUUCUGACCUCGCCAUGGCAUGCAGGAAUAUUCUAGAAGCCCUAUCCCGAGAAGAUCGAAAGGCUGGUGAUGGUACUCAGGCAGGAGCUGACACAGUGACGCAGACAGAUGCAAAGCUCAGAGAUGUUAAAGACAGUGAUUCACCCAGUCACCUGGAGGAGAAGGUGUCCCAGUUGGAGGCCAUGCUGAAACGACUACAGGAUGACCUCCAAAAGGAGAAAGAGGACAAAGCCAUGCUGCAGGCAGAGGUGCAGACUCUGAGACAAAACAACCAGCGGCUGCAGGAGGAGUCGCAGACCACCGUGGCACGUCUCAUCAAAGUCACCGAGCUGCUGUGCAAUGUCAACAAACCCUGCUAGUAGAACGGGCCAGCGAGAUACACCCAGACCAAUGAAGAUCAGCAACAAAUGCUAGCAAGAUGCAAGCAAAACAAUCCAGACAGUCCUGCGAGACCCAGAGCCCAUGCAUAGACUCAUAUAGACCACAGAGGAAUGACACAAAUGUUAGCAAGACAUGUUAGCAAAGUAAUCUAGACAGAGCUGCAAGACUCAAAACUCAGACACGGAAUCAUAUAGACCACCGAGGAAUGACACAAAUGUUAGCAAUUGUUACCAUGCUAGCACAGCAAGUCAUCCAGUGCUGCCUGAAGGAUAGACAUAGAUUAAAAUCUUGGAAGAUGUUGGCAUAUUAGCAAUGAAGACCAUCUAUAAGAAUACACCAAAAGUUAGCUAGCAAAGAAAGACCUCAUCUAGCUGUAAGGGCAGAACAUACAUACUUAUGUCUAAGCCUAUAUUAGGUGUAAAAAAAAAAAAAAAAAAAAAAAACAAUCA